AGGGGCGGAAGGGGCCGACACGGCCGCGACACAACAAAUAAUCGCUAUUUAUAAACUUAGGCAGCGCCUUGGCCUUCCCGCCUCCCGGCCGCUUUGGCUGUGCGGGUGUUUUUUGGGUGUUUUUCCUGCACAGAGUCACUUCCGAGAAGUGCCGCCGCUCCGGGGAAACCUCUGUCUGGCUGCGCUUCCUAAAAAGAGGUCCCUAAGAGCCCUCGGCGGUUCCGGAGUGUGAGGGUACAGACCUGCGUGAGGCUCCCAGGCGCUGCCGAGAGCCUCCCUGAGCCCAGGUGGCCACAGCCUGGGUAAAGAAUGUUAAUGCCCCUCCUCCCCUCGGUGCACAGGCUCGGCGUGGUAAAGGCUGUUAAAGUCCACUCGGGAGCGGGGCUGUUCCCGACAGGCUCCCAUUCCCAGUUGUUAUGCGUAUUGACACUCUGCGCUGUGAUUUCUUUUUUUUUUUUUUAUACCUAAAGCAUCAUAAAGAUUUAAGGAGAGAAGGAGCAGCUGCCAGAAUCUCGGCUGGUGUAAGCUGGUGUAGCCCCACCAGCUUACCUGCUUCACCUGGGGGCAGCUCCAGACCAGGGAGGCUUCUCACCUGUAUUUUAACUAUUUCCCCCCUCACCGGUGUCUGCAAACCACUAAGCCCGUCCUGCAAGAGAGGAAAAGUUGGCCCAUGCAAAAGUUGGUUGUGGGUGUGUUCGCUCCUUUAUACAGUGUAGCAGAGACCGAUAGUUUGGGUAGUUUGUUUCUAUCUGUGGUUUUUCGCAGCCACUCAAGUAUUUCUCACUCUUCAGGAGCGUUACCGAGUUAUCUCUGGGUUAACAAGUGUGUCACUUCCCAGUUCUUAUCUCACUGUUGAGUAAGAGUUGCACUCAGUACAUGACUUUUGUUUGUUUUGACCAUAAAUAGUAUUUUUAGCAUCUUCAAGAAAGAGGUGGCCAGCAGACCUUGGCAGGCAGUGCCCAUUGAGGAGGGAAAGGAUCGGAAGUGCUGGUGUUUAUAAAUAUUGUCACUCCUCCGGGAGGGCAGUGAGAGGAGAGGGAGGUGAGCUCAGUUCAGGCACUGAGGUGUUGGAUGGACCGGGCAGGAGAGCACUGACCUUCCUCAGGAAUCGGUGGAUAGAGUGGGAGAUCCUUGGAAAUCAGGAAUGAAUGGGGGUGAGAAGUACUCUUUUUGGGAGUAAAUGCUUCGAACAAAGUGGCUUUUGCAGCUUUUUCCCCUUUAGCUGUGUGCUAAAUUAUCUCCUCAAUGCAUCGUUCACGUUCCUCAGGUAGAAGCUCAUUAAAUUAUUUCUGUCCAGAAUAUCUUUUCCUCUUGUAUUUUCCUUUUCAGCAGAAAGGGAUGUGUGAAUCUUUUGGCAGUGCUUUGUUACACGUGACCUGAGGUCCUCUGAGGAUUUUAACUUCCAUGAGAGAGAAUAAAAGUUUUCCAUUGAUGGACUCUAAUGUAAGGUGUAGGUAGAUUUUAUACAGACUGCAAAGAAAUAAUGGCUUUUAUCAUGUAUAGUUUUGUCUGUAGGAUAAUAAGUGGUGGCUGAGUAAUAGUUUGGGAGGAAGGUUUAUACAGUGGGUUUAAGUUUAAUCUGUCUAGGCAAGGAGGACAUGGCCUGUAAAAGGUUCAGAUGUAACAUUUGCAGCCUAAAUUUUCACUCAAUUGUCAGCAGUUUGUCAGCAUUCAUAAAGCUGCAUCCUGAAUGAAGGCAUUUUAUCCAAGGCUGUGAAACUUUCAGCAGGAGAUUUUCAUGUUGGAGUAGUUUAAAGUUGGUGACCUAAACUUGCUUUAAACCUGAAGCUGAACCCUGUGCACUCUGAUGGGGGUGAUUUCAUCCUCAGCAGCUUGUGGCAGUGGCAGCCUGUGGAGAAUCUGGAUCAAGGACCAUUUUAGCCAAAAACCAUUUCAAACUGUUGUCCCACAGAGAUUGUCACUGUCACAACCCUGAGCAUCAGUGCAGAGGCUAUUUUGAGACAGCUGUGCAAGCAGAAAUUCUGCUUCAUAUUAAUCCCUUGGCUGAAGUUUUUGGGAUUUCUGGGUGUGAUGGUGCUGUAAUUUAAGGUGCACACUGGCUGUGACUCUGCGUGGGGACACGAGGAGAAACUCCUGGAUAUAGGAGUGGAAGAUAAUCCAGGCCACGGAGACGAUCUGCUGUCACUGCCUUCUGUGCAGGUCACAGAUGGAUGGGAGAGAAUCUGUAACCUGUGAGUGAUUUUAUACUGAGCUUGGGGUGAAGAGCAGUGGAGGUGAGGCAGGAAUUUACUUCUGUUUUAAUAAACCUCUUUGCAGAUUGAGCUGGCUUGGGGUGGGUGGUGUUAGACCCUCUCAGGGACGAAGUGCUGAGCUCAGCUCUGGGUGGCAGCAUCAGUCUCACUCCAGUAAUGAGCCUUUUUCUUCUUUCUUUUUUUUUCUCCUUUUUUUUCCCUUUUUUCCUUUUUUUUGUUCAGUGAAAGCAGCAUCUGUGUGCACAGAAGGGCAGGGGGGCAGUUUUUGCUGUACUCUGUAAAAGUCAGGACAGGCAAGGUGUGAGUCCGGUUGCAUUCGUAGCAUUUGGAGCCAGAGGCCCAAACUCAACCCUGAAUGAAAGUAUUUUCGAAUGGAAAUAGAUCUUUGUGCUUACAAAAACUCUCCUUUGGGUGUCUGCGUGUAGGAAUUCCUGUUUGGACACUGCAAGCAUGAGGGAUUUUCCCUGUGCGUGGGGGUUGGUUGUUCCCCCCAUCACCCCAUUUAGGGAAGGGGUGGAUGGAAAGGACACUGUAACACAGUCAGCCCAAGGAAUGUGUUGCCUGGGAGCUCUUGGAUCCAUGUCCUGGACCACUGUUCCUGUUUAAUUGGAACAAGCUGCUUUCUGCAGCAGCUCAGGUAGCCUGGACCAGAUCCCUGGGAGCCUCCACUGCAGGAGAGCUGCAAACACAGCCCUUGGACUGAAUGAGCUGCAAAGUCUGGGCAGCUGGGACACAUCCCAGGAAAGCAGUGGCCAUCAGGAUGGGGAUAAACCCCGGUAAAUGGCAGCAGAAGGGAUGGGAAUGCCAGCUGUGCUCGGCCACGUGUGAGGGAGUUUCCGAGCAGGUUGCCAGACAAGGAUCAGAAGUGGGGACUAACUCGUAUUUUGUAUCCCAUAGCACAUUUUAUUCCCUUGCACAACUUCAGGCUGGUUUAAAUGACCAACUACUGCUGGUCUGACCUAAGCAAGUCCAGCUCAGUCAGCUGGAAAAGCCAAAGGCAGGGCAGUGAGUGCUGGAAGGGCUCAGGGAAGCAGCAGUGACAGUUUCUGAGAUGUUUAAAUGCUCUUCAGCUUUAUAGAGUAGUAAGCAAUUGCACAGUAAUCAAUAGCCUGGUUUUUAAAUCCAAUUUUACUUUGCUUCUUAAGCCUUUCUGACAAUAAAUAGUUGUUCUUAUUUGCACUGCUUGUAAGAUCGUUGGGUUUGUAUCCCUUGACACCUUCAAGUACAUAAAAACUGGUUUUUACCCCUUUUUGACCUCAUUUCUAGACUGGGGUCAUGUGCUUUAUACCUGUCCCAUCUCAGUGCAUCCAUCAGCCGUUCGUGUGAUGUGACAGAAAGGGGACACCCCCCAGCUCAGGACUGGCCAAGCUUCCUCAUUUUCCAAUUGCUCAUUUCCAGCAGCCUCACACUUGGAUUGCCGAGUUCCAAACCUGAUUGAUCCCGAAACGUUUUCCCUCCAAGGGAGAUUGAAGGCUGAGAUAAGUUGAAAUAUCUUAUGGCCAGCAGAAAUGCAAGGACUCAGCCAAACUGUGCCUCAAAUUAAUUUUUUUUUGAAUAUUUUCGUGUCUGUUACAUUAGUGUGGGGACUGCACACUUCUGAAAUGUUAUCCAAAAUGUGUCUCACUUGAAGCCUCCCUUUCCUUUGGCUCUAACAAUGUGCUGAUAACUCAGGAGAGAAUGGUUACAGUUUCUCGUAACAGUUCCUGGAAAGCUCCCUGUACCUUUGGAUCUUCCAUUAGUGGGCAUUCCCUGAGCUGGGAGACUGGACACGUUCCAGAAAACCAGAAAUUUGGGGGGUUUUGCUGCUUAUCAGAUGGAUUACCAGCUUUGGAAGAACUGGUUCAUCUUAGUUUGGGAACCUGUGAACCUGCAUUCAAAGGACCUUUAGGACAAUGGGUGUGAGUAGCUGUGUGAGGAGUAACUUUCUGUGCUCCUGUGAAUCCUGGUGGUUGUUUCAUUGCUGAUGCAAUUCUGUUUUUCUGAGUAGACCACGUUUCAGUGUUCAUGACAGUUGUCCAACAAGCACCUUGAAAACUGCAUCCUCAGCUGGUGGCCUCGUCCCCUUUCUAAGCACAACGUUUGUUUGGUGUUUGUAUAAAUCAAAAUACACUUAUUACUUUAAUUUUACUGUUAUUAAGAGUGAUGCUUGUGAUUGCAGCUGUGCUUCCUGUUUAGAGCUGUCUUUUGAAAUAGGGUGUUCAGGUAAUGUUUUGUGUGGUUUGAUUUUUCCAUUCAAUAAAAUUUUUUUUUUUUUUUUUGAGGGGGGAAUGAGUUUUUCUGCAUCUGUUGCAAAACCACCUUCAUCUUUUUGAGGGGCUAAAUUCAGGCCUGUUGGUGGUCGAUAUUUCACACCCAGGGCAGAAAAUGACUUUUGAUCCCUGUGUGGAAAGGAAGGGGCUGAGCAGGUGCAGUGAGAUGCUCUCACAAGGUGGGCCUGUGACUUUGCCCCUGGAGACUCUCAGUGCUUUGAAGUCAGGAGGGGAUUAUCCUCCUGCCCCCUUGAUUCCCUUUGGAGCAGGAGAUGAUCCAUGCAGAGGGAAUCCACAAUUUCUGCUGGGUUCUGCCUUCUUUGCCUGCACUGUAGGCACAGAAGUGAGGAAUUGUGAUAAGUUUUACUCUUCAGAGCAAAAAGGUUUGUGCGCUGAUCUAAACAAAGAGGUUUUGAGAACUCAGGCGAUUUUAAGUCAAAGUUUGGGAGUGCUGUAUUUUCAUGCACGUGCCAUGCAGGUCACACAGUUUAAAAUAAAUAAAACCCAGGGCCAGCUCAGUCCCAGUGUGGCUUGUGUGUGUCAUCCCAGGGAAUGUGCCUUUUGUAGCCCCCAGCUGAUUUCCCUGAGGAGGCAUCUGGAGUUGGUUGUUUUGGGACUCAUUUCAAAAUGUUGGCAUUUUUUUAAAGGACUUCAGGCUCUGCUUGCAUGAAAAAACAUUGGAUACUGAGCUGAAGCCUGGUGAAAAUUUUCAUUUUUCCUCCCCCUUUCCACACUUGAGGAAGGAUGAUCCCUUAAAACAGGCCAAAAAUGUGCUGGCCUGUAGUUCAUAUUUUCUAAUUGGCCAUUAGCAUUUUUUUCCCCAUCCUGACAUUUCACAGGAAAGCUUCAUUCAUCUCCUUGUUUUUAUUUUUUAUUUUUUUUGUGGGAGUUUGGCAUGUGGUGUGUUUUGGUUGUUCUGUUUGGUCUCAGAAGAAAACACACUGUGCUGCUGGGCUUCGCUUUCCCCGGUGCUGAGGCAAGGCUGUGGUUUCUCAGUGACUGUUCAGUUCCUGUCAGAAGUGCCUCUGAUUGGGAAUCUCCGGUGCUGGAAGAUGAGAGGACUGUGUUUUGGGGCAGGAAUUGGUGUUGGUGUGGUACAGGACAGCUGCUGACAGUGCUGAAAGUCAUCUUGGAGGCAGGGCUGGCAGCGAUGGUGGGUCUCUGCUCAAGAGCAAAACACUCACACUGGGCAAAAUACUUAUUAAAAGUGAAAAUGUAUGGAAAGUGCCUCCCUUUGAGCAAAAACCCACCCAGCACAGGGGACAGUGGGAGCAUUUGGCGAGUUCUCUGUGAGGAAGAGCACAGGCUGGAGCUUGACUGGGGGUGGAACUGGGGAGGAGGGUGCAGCCCUGCUUUGCUGGAGGUGAGGCUUUGCCUCUGAGGGUUUUGGAGGGGAACUGAACGAGCCCAUUUUGUGAUGAGCCCUGUUGGGUGAUGGAAUCAGUGGAACCCUCUCCAUAGGAGAGGCCAGUGCAGGCAGGUGGGCAACAGGUAAGAAAGGCUGUCACAGUGUAACAGGAGGAAGGACUGAGAGUUGGAGAGGGUUAAACUGAGCUUAACCUGUUUGGUAUCCAUGGCAGUGCAUGUGUUUGGAGCAGAGUUUUGGAAAGCUUACCCCUUUUUGUGGCAAGCAUGCAGAAUGCUGGUUUGUUUGUUAUGUUUUUUUUAUCGACAGCCUCCUUCAUUUCUUUAAACUGCAUGGGGUUUAAUUUGGGGUGGGGGCAUGGUUUGGGUCCCCAGUGUUUGUGUUUCCUGCCUAACAGACUGAAUGGUUUAAUUCCUCACCCCCUGUGUCAGCUGCUGCUCUUACCCAGCGGCUCUGAGGGCCACAGUGCAAUGGCUGCUUUUUGCUAACGCUUGCCCGGAAUUUAAAGAGCCUUUUUAUCUUUCAGCCAUGUUUCAGUGGAGCAGCUCUGGCUUGCACCUUCCCCAGCUCUGCUCCAUCCGUAGCUCUGCAGUUCCCAUCCACGUUUCAGCCCCUCUGUUGAAUGCAAGUGUUGCUCGUCAGCUGUGUCGGUCCCGAGCUGUAAAUCAUUUACCCUUUUCUUUUUGAUCUUUAGUUUGAUAGAUGCGUGGACGUAGAUGUUUUUGUUUUGUUAAUUUUCACACCCCAUCUUUUCUGUACUUUAGGUUGACUCCUCACUGCACUGUGAAAACCAUUAGGAAAAAGUUCCUUGGGGUUAAAACCUGGGGCUCCACAGUGUUGGGGCUAGAAAUUAAUUUAAAUGGCGACUGAUCUGUCUGAAGCUGAACCCGUGCAUCAUAAGGCGCUUCCACUCUUAGCGGGAGCUCAGCUGAUCCACACGGACAAGUUAAGUGAGAAAGUCGAAGACGACACGAUGCCAAUCCGUCGCUCCGUGAAUUCCACCUCCCGGGAAACCCCUCCCAAGAGCAAACCUGCCGAGGGGGAAGAGGUCAAAGCAGAUGCAGAAGUCACCUCUGAGGAAUCUGCCUCUGUUGGAGAGGAACAGGAGACUGAAACCCUGCCUGCUGCAUCCAAUGAAGCAGAACAGCCAAAGGAACCUGAGAAUGAAGCAAAGGGGGAAACAAAGUCCUCAGAAGAAACCAAAAAGGACGAGAAGGAGCAGGCCAAGGAGAAGGAGAAGAAGGUGAAGAAGACCAUCCCUGCGUGGGCCACGCUGUCUGCCAGCCAGCUGGCCCGGGCACAGAAGCAGACCCAGAUGGCAGCCACGUCCCGGCCCAAAAUGGACGCCAUUCUCACCGAGGCCAUCAGGGCCUGCUUUCAGAAGAGUGGGGCCUCGGUGGUUGCAAUAAGGAAAUACAUCAUCCACAAAUACCCUUCCCUGGAGCUGGAGAGGAGAGGGUAUCUCCUGAAGCAGGCACUGAAAAGGGAGCUGGAGAGGGGAAUCAUCAGGCAGGUGAAAGGAAAGGGAGCUUCUGGGAGCUUUGUGGUGGUGUCUAAUGCAGGAAAAACUGUUCCAAAAGCCAGAGACAGAAAGAAAAGCACCUCGGCCCCGACUGCAGAGCAGCAGGUGAAGCUGGAGGACGUGCUGCCCCUGGCCUUCACCCGCCUGUGCGAGCCCAAGGAAGCUUCCUACAGCCUGAUCAAGAAAUACGUGUCUCAGUAUUACCCCAAACUCAAAGUAGACGUAAGGCCCCAGCUGUUGAAGAAUGCCCUGCAGAGAGCUGUAGAGAAGGGCCAGUUAGAGCAGAUCACAGGGAAGGGAGCAUCUGGGACAUUCCAGGAGCGCCGACCCACCUGGUGCAGAGGAGCUUGUCCUGACCUGGUUUGGGAGAAUUUUGUCUUGAUGCUUUUCUCUUCCUCCUUGGAAAAUAGCUGAAGAAAUCAGGGGAGAAGCCCCUGCUGGGUGGGACUCUGAU